AUGGAAGUAGAAAAAAAGGAUUAGAAAAAAGGAGACGUUAUUUAAGAAUCUAAAGAGUAUUUAGAUUAGUUUUAAGCUAAAAAAGAUGAAGAAAACAAUCAAAAAGAAGAACAAGUUAUUAAAUUUACUCAUAAGCUUCACGACAAGUAUGGGUUUUUGAGCAAUCUGUUUUAAAGCAAGAUAAUGAUUGAUAAAUUAUAGUUCAUGUCAGUUGAGCACUACUAUUAAGCAAUGAAAUUCGAAGGUACUAAAAAAUUUGAAGUAAUUAGAAGAGCUGGUAAGGCCAUAGAUGCUCAUAAAUUAGCUUAAAAGAAAGAUACUCCCAAAAAUCGCGAUUGGUAAGAUUUGAAAGUUGCCUAUAUGAAAAAAGCUAUUCAAGCCAAAUUUCAGUAAAAUAAGGCUUUGAAAAAGCAAUUAAUAGAAACUUAUCCAAAUAAACUUGUAGAUGUUACUCCUGGAGAUAAAUUUUGGGGUAUAGGUGAUAAAGAAGAAGGUAAAAAUAUGAAUGGUUAAAUUUUGAUGGAAAUAAGAGAAUUGUGUAUGAAAGAACCAGAAGAAGAAAUGGAGUAGUCAAUGAAUGAAUGA